UCUUUGCCGAAGCGGAUAUUUCUAGAUUUCUUCCAUUGCUAUGUUGAUUGGAGAGUUUCACCCUUUUUGUUAUGGUAAUUGGCAAAAGAGGGAAAUCGAAUUUGGAGGGAGUUUCUUUUUUUUUUUUUUUUUCAAGAAAAUAUAUACUAAUUUAUGUGUCUGCAAAAUACAAUAAAUAUGAUGAUGAAUUAUUACGGAGACAUUUCCAAAGGAAAAAUGAAAGGAAGGGAAGAUGGUAGUUCACUAAUAAAUGUUAUUUGCUUAGUUUGGUUGUUCAAAAUCAUCUUGACGCGUAAUAACUUUGAAAUGCUCAUAAAAAUGAACGAGGGAAAGUUCAGUUUUUCAGCUUCUGAGUUGUAAAUAGAAGGAAGGGAGAUUUUUUUUUUUCGAAACCAGUAAUCCUUUUUCGUUUCCUUCGCAUCCAAGCGGUCCAUUAGGGACUAUAAAUUUGUAACCUUGGUGGCAUCAUGGGGUUUCUUUUCUUUGGCCAAGAUAUAGUGAUGCUUUUCUUUCCUUUCUCUUGUGAUAUCUAAAAACUUGAAGGACAUUGAGUGAAAUCGGAAUAUACAACAAAUUUGUAUCUACCUAUGAUGCGUGGCGGCACUCAAAUACCUUCUACACCUGCCUUUACCAUGGAUUAUUUGUAUCUUCCUACUUACAACUUUGGCUGAAUUUUAUUGAAGAUAACUUUGACAUGUUGAAGACUCUUAAAAUCUCAAUUGGAAUCCUCGUAGUUUUCAACAAAAUCAUGUUGAAAAUGCCUUCCAUGGUUGCAAUCAAUUGGAGUAUAAUUUAUUGCAAAGUUAUAAUGAAAACAAGGCCAUGGUCAGUCUGGAUUCCAUGGAAAAAGCAAACUCCACCCUUGAGGAUUUUAUCUUAUUUCAUGUUUCAUGAAUUGGAUGUAACAAAGCCACAAACAGUCUUCAAAUACUUGCCUAUUCUUUCAUUCACAGAAAGUUAUAUCUAUCAGCUUGAUAAAAUGAAUGAGAAACUGCUGCCUACACCAACCAAUGGAAAGUCUGUACAUGGAGGAAAAGAUGAGAAAACAACCGAAGUGUUGGCUUCCUACUUUUCAAAUGAUCCUGUUCGACCACUGGUGGCACUUCUCAAACAUAAAGGUCUUUUGACAGACAGGAUAAGAGAAGAACUUACACUUGGAGAUGAGUAUUGGGCUCUUGAAAGAAAACUUUGUUACGCGCUUGUAAACGAAAAAGAGAUUCUUAUUGAAGAUGUCAUGAAGGCUAUUCAUUUGAAGUCUUUUGAUUAUCGAGUGUUGAAUCUUCUCCUAUAUCAACUGCGAGGAGCUGAGGUUGAGGAGUUGCAUAUGGAGUUUCUUUCAGUUUCAGAGUUCUUGGUGGAAGUUUCUGAUGAUCUGUAUGAUUAUGAGGAUGAUGUUUUAGAGAAUAAUUUCAACAUUUUGCGGAUGUUUGUCAGAAUAUAUGGAGCUUCAACUGCUCCAGCUAUGUUGGCUAAGUGCAUUGGCGAGGCUGAAGACAAGUAUGACAGUUUGCUGAAUUCACUGGAUCCACAACUGUCUCAGAGUUACCAGAAAAGAUGUGCAGAAGCCACUAAAGAAGGUGGAAAGGUGUCAGAGCACCCUCUUGGCACGUGGGUGAUUCCAACCGUGAUUCCAGAUGAGGAACUGUAUCGGUCAAAAUUGAAGUCUGAUACUUAGUAAUGGAAACCUGAACUGUGUUAAUGGCACUUGGAUCUUAACUUGUUGACUCAAAACAGGUUAUGUUGGAUUCAGAAAUAAUCAAGAAAGUUUGUGUCUAAAGUCUAAACCCUCGUAAGUUAAAGGUUAUAUAGACUAGGAGCAUUAGGUAUACAAUUCGAGAGUUCUGGAGGUACCAAUUUUUUAUGACUUAAGCUUCCGGAUCUGGAAUUCUGAAUCCUAUAUUACCUUAAUUUGGCUUGAGGAAUUUUGACUUUAUGCUUAGAACUUAUAUUUGUGACUACCGAAAGAAUGAAUUUACUUACUUACCAGUUAUUCACUUGACUAUUUCGAGGUUGUUAUGGGAGGGUUUCUGGACUAAUCCAUUUGUGCAUGUAUUAUGAUUUGUUUUCUAAAUCAAGAAAUUGUAAAUGAAAUUAUUGUGCGAAAUCGCACAGCAUGCUUAACAUUUUUCAUACAAAGUUGAGCCCCUUCUUUUGCUUACAAAGUGGAGCUCUUUUGUUUUUGAACUUUUUG